GAGUGUGACCAACUCAACUCACACUUCCAUUCCAUCUGAGAAGACAAGCCAUGAUUUCCAAUCUCACCCUCUUCUUCUGCCUCCUAUGGGCGGCCUCCAUUCUUUACGGUGAGAAAUUCGCCUUUCGCCUCCCUUCUUACUUCACCUGCUCAUGGCCCUCUCCUUCUUCCUCUCCUUCUCCUUCUCCUACCAUGGAUACAAUCAAUAAUCCUGGUGAUUAUGUGAAAAUUGCAGUGGUAACUGAUCCACAGCUCAUGGAUAGGACAUCCCUUCAUUUAGCUCCCAAGUCACUCACACUGGAGAUUGUACAAUUCUAUACUGACAUCUACAUGCGUCGAGCAAUACUGGCUUCCAUCAUGCCUUUCAAACCUGAUAUGGUUUUGUUUCUGGGUGAUUAUUUUGAUGGUGGGCCUAUUAUUUCCGAUGAAGAAUGGCAGGAUUCUUUGAACCGUUUUAGGCACAUUUUCGACCUUAAGACUCUUGAAAGAACUACAAAUAAUCAAGUAUACUUCAUCUCAGGAAACCAUGAUAUCGGCUAUGCAGCAUAUCACUCCCAAAUGCCUGAGGUAAUCAGCCGCUACGAAAAAGUAUUUGGUUCAAGGAACUAUCGCUUCACAGCAGGAGAAGUAGAAUUUGUUGCUGUUGAUGCCCAAACACUGGAUGGUCAUCCACAACAAAACCAGACCUCUGCUGCUUGGAAGUUUGUUAACAGUGUGUCUAGGGAUUCUCUUUCACCUCCAAGGGUUUUGUUAACUCAUAUACCACUGUAUCGACAAGACUGGACUUCCUGUGGUUCUCAACGUUCUUCCUCAGUUAUAAAUCAGAGAAUUUCUCGCUCUACUGAUGAUCAGGAAAUAGUGUAUCAAAAUUAUCUUACAGAAGAAACAACAAAGAAGCUACUGGAUUCUAUCAAACCUAUAGUUGUUUUGUCUGGUCAUGAUCAUGAUCAGUGUACUGUUACUCAUAUAGCUGAACAUGGGUCUGUAGUAGAGCAAACUCUGGGGACAAUUAGCUGGCAGCAGGGAAACUUGUAUCCAUCUUUCAUGCUACUGACUGCACGUAAAGCUACAUUUUCUAAUGCAUCUAGUCUUGCUGAUGCCGUAUCAACUCAUGUUUGUCUACUUCCUGUGCAAACCUUCAUUUACAUGUGGUAUCUCUUCUUAUUUGUUCUCACGCUUCUUGUGGUUCUCCUUUGGCCAAAUGGGUUGGUAAUUCACCGACAUGUUGGUGACUUCAUGAGUCAUAUGUUAGGUAUCUUCAAAAGUAGCACUAAAGAGAAAGAUGAAGAUGGAAACUGUGACUAUGAGAUGGUUUGGGAUGCAGAAGGCUCGAUGCAUUUAAUCAAGAAAGCCUCAAAGAUCGCUCCUACACGUGCAAAUGAGAGGGUGGAAAGAGGAAACGCUACAAUGAGAUCAACAGCCAAAAAACAGAUAAUACAGGAGAUUAAUCUUUCAAUGCCCCAAGACAUAAGUGGUCAACUGGGGCCAGAUGCUGCUGUAAAAUUGGGACCUUCUAAAGUCAACAAAUCAAAUGUUAGACUGGUGAUUCAGAGGUUAUUACGGGCUUUCCAAGUGCUUUCAGUUGUUGCUGCAGUUAACCUGCCUAUCUAUAUAAUGUUGCUGUUUAGUGAUUGGAUUGACAUAUGAUGUCAAAUAAAAAAUACCAAGUUCUGAUUUCAGAUCUCUGCGUAAGAAUACCACUUCUAAAAUUUCCGGUUAGUGCUUGCUUCUUAUAGUAAUAUACAAAAAGCAAAUUGAAGUGUUCUAUUUAAUGGUAGAAGAAGGUUUAGUGUUGUAAUGAUGUGUUGUAGAACAGUUGUAGUCUGAAGCUUUUAUUGAAAAUGAUCUGAAACCCCAUGUAAUUGUUAAACAUGUUAUUCUUGUAAUUUAGAGCUGUAAACGAUUCUCAAUGCAA